AUGUCGCACAAGCAUUCAGGCAAGCUUGCGAUUGAGUACUCUCUUCCACCAAAUGUGGAGUUCCUGCACUUCCCGCGCUCGGACGGCGAUUCAUCGCAAUGGCCGCUCAACCAGGAGGAGGAAGAGGACGAGGAUGGAAAUGUGAACUUUUAUAUGCCGCUGGCGGAUGAUAAGGGUACAUCGCUCAAGUGGCUGCAUGGGGUCGGUCAGAAAGUUGCAGAGGAGAUGGGGCUGCCGAGCAACAAGAAGUACGCGUUUGCUAGCUGGCCCGACGGCUACAGAUUCUUCGACCACCACAAAGGCGCGAAAGCCUCGCCUAGACAUGACGCCUACGUUAUCGGUUGUACGACCGUCAGCCGCUUUCGGUCAGUACCCGAGAUUGUCCCUCAUGCCCUAUGGCUUAUGACGGAUGCAUCAAUGGACCGAGCCAACUGUCACUGCAAAUACUGUUCCAAACGCAAACAAUCCGCCGUCUCGCAGCAGUACGGGUUUCCCUCCUCCCAAGGCCGGCUCGGCUCAGUCGUACCCUCAUCCUCGCCCUCGAAGCGCCAACGCCGAAAUCAACAGCCAUAUGCGGUCGUGCAGCGCACCAAGGCGCUUAAGGCGCAGUCGGACCAGGCUCAGGCGGCUAAGCGCCGGAAACGGGAGAAGGCGCAGGAGAACCAGCGAACAGCGGCGCUCGAUCCGCCACGCGAGACGGUGCCGAACGAGCGCACGUCCGAUCUGCGCGCCGCGGCAAUGCGUCUCGGUCCCGAGCGUAGUACCCGGCGGUACCACCGGCAGGGCGAGCUCGUGUGGUGCUCGCUCGGCACCCCCAUUCGCGCCGGACCGCCCGGCGACGACGUAGCCAGAAUCGAGCUGUGGCCCGCCAUCAUCCAGGAAUGGAGAACCGCGACGACGCAGAUUCCUCGCGUGGACUACGAGCCGCCGCCACCCGGCCCGAUAGACGCUGAAGAACAAGCUCGAUUAGACGCUGGUCGGCCGCGCGUGCCGGCGGGUCACUUCUAUGCUGGCGAAAACGCGUCUGGGGUGGAGUUCGUGCUUGUACAUCGGACGGAGUACAAAGCGCAAUUGCUUGCGAUCAACGCCAAUAUCUUGGUACUCGACGAUUGUGUACUGCCAUACUCCGCUUGGGCACCGUCUCAGAAUCUGCUCGCCGUACUCCGCGACAUACCCAAACACACGUUCCAGUACUCCCGCCAAUUCUGCCCUCCGGAGACUAUUCCACCCACUGCGACGGAGCAACAGAUUCAGGAGCUCUUCACGCGCGCCGCAGCGCCGUACUCUGUGGCACUAGAAGCAGCUGCCGAGUUGGCCGCAACCUGGGCCGUAACGGACGAGUGGUCGGCCGACGUCUUGAACGCAGAUGGCGAAGAAGAGCAGGAGACGCAGUACCAGGGUCUAUGGUGGGGACCUGAGCGUAUAUGGGUCGGCGAUCUCGUACAGCUCAAGAUGCCACGAAAGCAACUUCACUCUCCAUUACUGCGCGAGCCGUUCCAGCCCGACGAUCACCCUGGUGAGGACGCUGGCGAUCGCGGCGUUUUCAUGCACCUUCACUCGCUCAAACACGUCGAGACAAUCUUACCGGACAACGUCGUUCGUAACGGGAUCAUCGCUUCGGGCGAGCUGUACGAGGUCGCGGAAGACCCUCUGUACCUGGCUAUGCAGAUUCCGCAGGAGAAGGACGAAGUGCGGACGGACGAGGUGCGGGCGAAGAUCCUAGACGCCGUGCAUAAAGCACAAGAGAGGGAAGUAGAAGAGGCCGCGAGAGGUGUUGAGGGUUUGCAUGUCAAUGGAGCUAGCAGCGGACCUGGCACGCCGAGUGUGAAGGGCAAGGAGAGGGAAGAUGCUACCAUGAGACCCGCAAGCGACGUCGCACCCGCUCCCGCCCCAGCACCCACCGCGAACAUUACCCUCCCAAAUCCCGACCCAACGGUUCCUAUCGACCAAACUGUCGCCGCAAUGCGCGAAACCCUCGGCGACAUCCCACCCUCCUCCACCAGCACCCCCGUAAACGGCACCGCCGCGUCCCCACUCCCGCGAACCGACAUCGGCGGCCUCUCCGGUCCAACGCACGUCGAAGAGCUCCUCCCGCCCGCGCCACCAACGUUCGCGUUCCGACCUCUAAUCAAAGAAGCCAACCACGAAGCGUCCGUAUCACUCGAUCUCCUCGGCGGACGUUAUUACCCCGGCAUCAUCCAACAUUCCCUCUUAGCGCCCGUCCGACAGCUCAUAUUCGAGAGCGCGAUGUAUAGACCGGACGAAGCGCCUACUAUGGAGUGCGAGGCCGUGUUGGCGCUCGAGGGCAUCGCGCCGGGUGUGGGGUGCGCGAUGAGUCCCACGAGGAUGAUCAUCGGGAGGAAGGCGGCGAUCGUGGAGGCUGAGGCUAAGGCGGUCAAGUUGUUGCAGACUGAUUGGGCACGGAAGGGCGAUGAAAAUGGGGAUGCAAACGGGGAUGGGGACGGGAUGGAGGGCGUGCAGGGCGUCAAUGGGAGUGUGGGCCCGGAGGAGAUGAAGAGAGAGGGGACGUGGACGGAUAAUACGACGCCUGAGGCGAGGGAUCAGGCUGCCAGGGAGGGGCUCGAGGCGUUUUUCGGCGACGGAAACGCCAUGGAUGUCGAUGGUUACAUGUAG